AUGAAGAACUCCGGCUUGAUCAUCCUCAGCGCCAUCGCAGUGCUGGUCGGCACAGCGUCAGCCGCAAACAUGGAUCUCACUUUGAUUUUCGCCCAGAGUAAGAAUGAGAAGCAGCCACAAGAUAGCUGUAUUAAAAUCAGCUUCCCUGGCUUCUUGAACAUUGGAAAGUGUUCCGUCGCUGGCAUAUCGUCCCUCACCCUUGGAUCUCAGUUGUCUCUACUCUCCGGACUCAUCACUUACGUUGCUUCAAGAAUACCAUUCAUCGGACCAAUCAUCACAGGGGUCUUGAGACUGUGCACCGGAACAAAUCCCCUGCCCGGCUGCAACAUCAUUCAAAUGGGAAACAACUCGGUUUGCCAGGAUCCAAUUACGUUCAGCUUCCCAAGUGUUCUGGGUGUCGAAAAGUGCACCAAUAACCUAACUCAAGUGUGUCAGAAUGGGCAACCAGCGACGGCUAGCGUUGUCCAGGGAUUUUUCAGCUCACUUACGUGCCUGGCCGGGGUUGUUCUCAACACCAGCCCCGGUGGAGCCAUAUCCAGCAUCAUCUGCACCAUAUUCAACAUCAUUCAAACCUCGACGGGCGGGAAUACUAUUAUUGGUGCCGCUUUGGCCUUCAUCGAGUUGUUCUUUCAAGUAUCAUGUAUGAAUUUCUAUUUUUUAAGCCUUGACAUGAGUAAAAAUACGACAGAGAAAUGCAAAUGA